AUGGAUACAGAAGAGUCACCUUUAGAUGUUCUAUCCAGAGCAGCCACCAUGGUCAGUCCUCCUACUUAUGAUGAAUCAAGGUCUUAUUCAACAAAAGAAAUGCCUUGUGCAAAAUGGAGGCGAGAAAGGCGGCAAAUUAUAAAUCAUAAGGUAGUUGAUGCUCCCUUAGAUUUUUCUACACGGAAUAGCAACUUAAAACCACCUCCUUCCUAUGACCAGUCAAUACAGAAUAAAAUGUCAAGACCUUCUGUGAUUCAAACUGUGUGUGCGGCCUAUUCAAGUGCAAAAAAUUUGACAAAUUCUUGUGAUUCCGAGUUAAUAUCCAAGUCUACCCCAACAGAGGAUGUGAGUGAUCCUGCCAUAGAUGAACAUUUUAGGCGGUCUCUUGGUAAAGAAUAUUCAAGCAUAUUUUCCAAAGAUUGCAAAGAAUUAAAUAAAUCAGAAAAUUCUGAAUCAGAAUCAAUAGUUGAUGACCAUUUUGCAAAAGCAUUGGGUGAUACUUGGAUUAAAUUGAAAGAAAAAGAAAACGAAGAGAAAAUUAGUAAUUCUACGUUUUUGGGCAAUAAUAAUCAUUUAAUACACGUCAAAGAUUUAUCUAACAGGCAGGUUGUUGAUUUAAAUGUAAAAAAGAAAAAAAAACAUGCCAAGGAAAGCAUUUUAAAUGACAAAAGGAAAACGACCAUAGCAUCAGAUUGGGUGAAAACAUAA